AUGGAAGAAGGUAUGGAGGUGGAGAUAGAUCCAGUAUUCGAGGUGAGAGAGAUCGAUCUUGACUACGAGUUUGAUGCGGCUCGGUUCUUUGAUUUCACGCGCGAGGAGUCGCCGGAAGAGGCCGGAGAAGCUGAACUUUGGUUCGAUUCGGUGCCAACUCAUCCUCCUUCUCCUUUUGUGACAAGGUUGGUAAUAAGAGAGGAAAGUCUCCUGGAAAAUGUGACUACGUCUCCAAAAUGUGAUGAAGAUACUAGUACACUACAUGAAAGUGAUCCCGAAAAUGUCAUUGCCUCGGAAUUUUCAGCUGUGAGUACCAUCAACAGAGGAAAUGAAGGAGCUAACAGAGGGAUCUCCACCAAUAUACAGAAAAUUUUACGAAAUGCUCUGAAUCAGACAUUUCAAUUAACUACAGGUGACCAAGACACUUUUGCAAAGUGGUCUUCAGGCUUGACAACUUACAAUCACUUGCCCAGUGAUAAGUUAAAAGCUAAAUCUAAGAUUCCUACAUGCAGAUUUCAGAAGCUACAGGUGCUAAACAGUAACAGAAGCCUAGGAAAUUCUUCUGUGGGGGGAAGCCAAGCUGCCAAGAGGCAGAAGCUGGAGGGAGGUCUCUUGCGUAAGGUUGAUGAGGUGAAGCAGCAAACCACUUUGGUCCACAAGGCACCUAAAAAAGAAGGUAAUAAAAAUAGAAAUGCCUCCAAUACCAAGCUGAGGCUUACCAUUCCAAGGGAACCUGAACUUGAAACUGCACACAGGGCUCAACGAUUACGGCCUAAGAAUAGUUCAGAAGAAGAGUUUGUUACAUCUGCCACACAUAGAUUCAAAGCACGCCCAUUGAAUAGAAAUAUUCUCGAGGGUCCUUCAUUGCCUGUUCCAAAAAAGAGUGUUCCAAAGUUGCCUGAGUUUCAAGAAUUUCACCUGAAGACAUUGGAAAGGGCUGUGCAACUCUCAUCAGCUGUAUCCUCCUCAAUCCAUACAAAUGCUGCUAAGGGGUUUGAGAAACCUUGUACAAUUUCUGAUAAUGGCAAUGGAACUAGAGAAGCCAGAAGACCAAGUGUCAUGGAUGCCACUAGCCACGAUGUUUGUGACACAAAGUACAACUUCAAAGCUCGUCCUUUAAAUAGGAAGAUAUUUUCCAGUAAAGGUGAUAUUGGUGUUUUUCGAAAUAUCAAGACGGAAACACAGUGCCGAUGGAAUUUAAUCUCCAAACCGAGAAGAGGGUUCUGCAAAAUCCACCUGUCAAACUCUUUAGCAAGGGCUCAAAAGAAAAUAGAUUCACUUCUUUCCGACCUGAAAACGAGUUAUAGAGUUUCGAGGAUGAUUAAACCUACACAGAUUAUACAGGAGGUGGGGGCAUCUGCUAAAAGUGAAGGUCGUGUUUGCUGA